GGCCUCGGAGCUGGACGUUUUGUUGCUGUUUUUUUUUUUUAAAUGGAGGAUGAAGUUGUCGGGAGGAUUGAACAACGAACGACAGAGUAACUACCAUCAGGACUGUGCUUCUUCCACUUCAAAGCUGCAGCUCGAGGCUAGCAGAGGAGUCCAGUGUUUUCCACUGUCAAACACUUACCAGAUGACCAUCCUUGUGUCAACCCUGAUUCAGAGCAAAGCUAAGUUGCAGGUAAAGUGUCUGUGUGUAAUUAUGUUCCUGAGCUUCCCUCUGACUAUGGCUGAGGUCCCUGGUCCAUGCAGACACUCCAUCACGAGGGAGCACCUGCUGACAGUCAGGCAUCUGAUGGACAACCAGUUGAGAAGCGGGUGCUCAAUAACCUACACAUUCAUAGAACGGAGAAGUUUGAGCAAAUGUUGCUUUGUAAAAGCUGCUUUACCUUGGAUCCUGGAGCUCCUCACCACCCACUUCAAAUACAGUCGGGGUUCAGUCAAUGAUGGCUACGUUCAGACCCUGAGAGCGCUCAUCCUCAACAUCUACUCUCAGAAAUGUGUGCCUCAGAUCAAUGAAGAGGUGGAGGACAAGCCAGAGAGUUUUGAGAUGCUCUACAGAGGGUCGACUUCAGAGGCGCUGCAGAGGGCUUCGGAGGUGCUCUCUGUGUACUGGGAGCUGAUGACAACGAGUGAUGCACCAGUAGACUGGACAUGCCAGCAGGAAUACACAGAAACCUUUGGCUCUACCACAGACCUAUACACAGAGUCACCCACACUUUAUUUUACAGAAAAUUAUGGUAGGAACUCGGUGAAUGCCUCACAGAGAAGACCAGUCGCAGACCUGUACAAGCUUGGCUUCAUCAUUGUCUCCAUCUGCGGAGGACUGCUGUUCGUACUCAUUCUCUACUGUCUCAUCACACAAAAGAGAACUCACAACCGUCACAGAUCAAGAUCAUACACAAACUCAAGCAGCAACCUGCAGGACAUGGAGAUGGAGCCACAAUAAAAUAACACAGGGCACAUCGCUGCAGCAGCAGAUGGAGCACUUGUGAAGCUGCACAUUUAAUCCAUCAUGACCAAGUUUUCAUAUCAGUAUUUGUGUGUGUGUAAUAUGUCAUGCUCACCUAUUUAAUCAGAAGCUUGGCUUUGACUGAGAGCAAAGAUGGGCCUUAUUUGGAAUAAUAAUGUAUAUUAUGUUUAUGCGUAAUGUAUUACAGAUAUCUUUUCACUAAAAAAGUUUUAUUUUUACACUAGUUAUGUAUGUUGAAUAAUGUGUCUCCAUUUGCUACCACUUAACCAACUGUUUGUAACAUUUCCACAAGUUAUUUAUUAGUCUCACUCUAUUCAAUCACCGAAUUGAUAAUAAAGGUUCCAUCACUACCAAAUCCAAACUA